UAGUUAGUCUUUGGUUUACCAUUGCAAACAUGAAGGUAUUACAGUGUAUAUCCUUUUUAGCUGUCCUGGCUCUUUCACAGGCAGCCAGCAUUAAGCUUCAGGAGCCAUGUGAUGGAACCCCUUGCCCUGCCGGAUGCUGCCCAGAAUAUGACUGGUUCUGCUGCGCCGACAACAUGUACUGUGCCGCUACUGAGGCUGACUGCCCCUUUGUUGCUGCCAAGAAGGCUUUGAUCAAGAUGGCUGCCAAGAAAGAGCCAUGUGAUGGAACCCCUUGCCCUGCUGGAUGCUGCCCAGAAUAUGACUGGUUCUGCUGUGCUGACAACAUGUACUGUGCCGCUACUGAGGCUGAUUGCCCUUUUGUUGCUGCCAAGAAGGCUUUGAUCAAGAUGGCUGCCAAGAAAGAGCCAUGUGAUGGAACACCUUGCCCCGCUGGAUGCUGCCCAGAAUAUGACUGGUUCUGCUGUGCCGACAACAUGUACUGUGCUGCUACUGAGGCUGACUGCCCCUUUGUUGCUGCCAAGAAGGCUUUGAUAAAGAUGGCCGCCAAGAAGGAGCCAUGUGAUGGAACCCCUUGCCCUGCUGGAUGCUGCCCAGAAUAUGACUGGUUCUGCUGUGCUGACAAUAUGUACUGUGCCGCCACUGAGGCUGACUGUCCCUUUGUUGCUGCCAAGAGAACUCUUAUCAAGAUGGCUGCUGCCAAGAAAGUUGUUCUGAAGAAGGAGCCAUGUGACGGAACCCCUUGCCCUGCUGGAUGCUGCCCAGAAUAUGAUUGGUUCUGCUGUGCCGACAACAUGUACUGUGCCGCCACUGAGGCUGACUGUCCCUUUGUUGCUGCCAAGAAGGCUUUGAUAAAGAUGGCCGCCAAGAAGGAGCCAUGUGAUGGAACCCCUUGCCCCGCUGGAUGCUGCCCAGAAUAUGACUGGUUCUGCUGUGCCGACAACAUGUACUGUGCUGCUACUGAGGCUGAUUGCCCCUUUGUAAACUUCCAGAACAAGCUCAGACUUAUGUCUAAGAAGUUUUAGAACCUUAAAUCACACAUUUAAUGUAUAUAAUAGAAAAUAAACAGUUAAAAAAGUAAAA